ACCGGAACCACUAGUGAUAAGUUAUCUUUAUUAAAAAGAGUCACGUCAAUAGAGUUAUAUCCCUUUGUUAUUUUUUUUUGUAAGAUUGUUUUAAUCAAAGGAAAGUUUGUUUGAUAAAACAUCCUCCAUCAUUGACAGAACAUGGCAUGUUUAGUACGGAACAGACCAUUAUAUUUAGCACUUAUAACAAAGAGAUGUUGCCACACCGCAGUUGCAAAGUCACCAGUUGUUACACAGCCACUUAACUUUCUAGAUGGACAAAGAGUGGAGCCUGUGAACAAUGAUAAACAACAACAGUUUCCUCUUAUAUACCCUGCCACAGGUGAGGUUUUAAAGACUGUACAAAGUUCAGGGGCCUCUGAUCUUGACAAUGCGAUGGCAGCUGCUAGAAGAGCUCAGAAACAAUGGGCUGGUAUGUCUGGGUUUGAGAGGGGACAGGUACUUAAACGUGCAGCUGACUUAUGUAGGGUUAAACAAGAAGAAUUGGCUAGGGCAGAGACUUUGGAUACAGGCAAACCAAUCUGGGAGGCCCGUUUUGACAUACAAGGCUGUGCUGACUCUGUAGAAUAUUAUGGCGGACUUGCAUCUACUAUAUCAGGUGAAUUUUUACAGUUAUCAGGGGGAAACUUUGCAUAUACUAUACGUGAGCCUCUAGGUGUUGUUGGAGGUAUAGGUGCCUGGAACUACCCAUUUCAGAUGGCCACAUGGAAGUCUGCACCAGCACUAGCCUGUGGUAACGCCUUUGUCUUCAAACCAUCUCAGAUGACCCCAUUAACAGCAGUCAUGUUGGGAGAAAUCUACAAGGAGGCAGGGUUACCUGAUGGAUGUUAUAAUGUUGUUCAGGGUGAAGCUCAGACUGGUCAGUUGUUAUGUAAUCAUCCAGCAGUAGACAAAAUGACCUUCACUGGUAGUGUACCUGUAGGGUCAAAGGUCAUGGAGGCAUGUGCCAAGGACAUAAAACAUGUAACACUGGAACUCGGAGGAAAAUCUCCACUCAUUAUAUUUGAGGACUGUCAUCUAGAUAAUGCUGUAACUGGGGCCAUGUUGGCUAACUUUCUUACACAGGGACAGGUGUGUUCAAACGGUACCCGUGUGUUUGUUCAGAAGAAAAUCAUGAAGCAAUUUCUAGAGAAGCUUGUGGAGCGGACAAGGAAAAUGAAGAUUGGCGAUCCGUUUGCUGAAGAAACAACUGUAGGUGCGACAAUAUCCAGGGAACAAGCAGACAAAGUCCUUAGAUAUGUUGAUAUUGCUAAAAAAGAGGGUGCAACAGUUUUAUGUGGAGGUGAGGAGGUUACUCCCGAACCGAGGUUUUCUGGUGGACAGUUUGUCUCCCCUUGUGUUAUAUCUAACUGCCAGGAUGAUAUGACAUUUGUUAAAGAUGAAAUAUUUGGUUCUGUAUUGUCUGUACUUGAGUUUGACACAGAAGAGGAAGUUAUAACUAGGGCAAACAAUACAGAGUUUGGUCUUGCAGGAGGAGUGUUUACAAAAGAUUUAUGUCGAGCACACCGUGUCAUUGCACAGAUGGAAGCUGGCUCUCUGUAUGUUAACAACUAUAACGUUUAUCCAGUUGGAGUGCCAUUUGGUGGAUACAAGAAAUCUGGAAUUGGUCGGGAAAAUGGACCGGAAUCAAUAGAAUAUUAUACCCAAGUUAAAUCUGUUUAUGUGGAGAUGAAUGAUGUGGAAGCACCAUUUUAAUGUUCAGUCAUUAUAGAUUGUUUUGUUUCUAAUAUAUAUGUAAGCCUGGCUAUUCAAAGAAUAGAAGGGCUAUAAAUCAGCAUAACUAUGGUAAACCUUUUCACCUGCUGAAUUUAUGUAACGUAUUUGUCCGGCUUUGAAUUUGGAACAGUCAAUUCAAAGUUUAAGUGGUUUUCGAUAUAAAAAAAAAAACAAGAAAAAAACGCUACCAUAUCAACAGUAUAGAGCGUGGUUAGACUGCAUGGAUGUAGAUUCAGGCGUACCCUCUAUAUACACAUGGUAAAGUCUGACCACUCUCAGUUUCAGCAGGUCAAGGUUUUGCAUGCAACUUCAGACUAUAAGUAUCUUACACCGGCUG